AUGUCGCCCGAUCUGUCCGCAUUCCUGAAUCCCGAUCUCUGCGCCAAUACAGCGCGGAAGAUUGGCAACCAGCUAGCACUGUGUCAAAAUGUGGCUACCAAUACGUGUGCCAAGUGCAAACUUGUUCAAUAUUGCUCGAAAGGGUGUCAGACUGCAGACUGGAAGAUUCACCAGAAGACCUGCAAAUCCCCUUUGAUGAAGGAGCAGUACGAACCACGCUGGGUUCAAGAGGGUCGACUUCCACUGUUCAUGCGGACGGGUCCAGACCUUGUCUCAUUUGGAGCGAACAAAUACCUCUGGGGGAAUGUCCCAGCGCUGGAUAUUCUCAACAUCAAGGACAAUGAAGGUAUCCGGGCCGUGGAUCAGGAUUUCACUCUCCUGUUUGCCGCAUCCGGGGAUAUUCGAAACUUGGUCAAGACUAUUGUAGGGCUUCCAGAGAACUACAGGGCGAAGUGCGAGGUCAUCUGCAAUGAUUGGGAUUUCCCUAUCGUUGCGCGCAACGCCAUUAUGCUUUUAGCCGCCUUACGCUUCGAGCCGGAGACAGCAGUACCGAUUAUGAUUCAUAUCUGGUAUUCAGCGCUCCUUCCUGCCAGGAUAGCUCAGGCCGUCGAAGAUUGCUUGCUGCCGUACAUCGAUGACGUCUGCACCAAAGUUAAAGACAAGGAUGCAUCCUCCCUUCUUGGAAAGACAUUCAAGAUUAGAGGUCGCUCACUGCGCUUGGUGCUCAAAAAAGGAGAAUGGUUCAGACUGUGUGGAUUUUUCAAAAUUCCAGCAGGCCUCAGAGCGAUAGAUGCUCAGAGUGUCCGCCAGCGCACUAUGAUGGCUCCUGAACGGGUGGACUACGUCGAUCGAGCGCUAUACCGGCAGUCUCCGGCCAUACGCAUGGGGAUGUACAGGUUCCGCGUUGAUGGAGUUCUCUUGCCGUUUGGGGCGUCCAGAAAAGAUUUCGACACACCUAAUCCUACAUUCUACCAAGAUCAGAAUAUUUGGCCAAUGAAGGACAGCGCUGAUCCACUCUCAGGAUGGAACUAUUGUGAAUACAUCAAGCAUGCUCCAAUUGCCAGGGACGACGUGUAUGGAAGCUUGUUCUUCUUUCUCCGUGACCUCCUUCUGCAAUUCUGUAGGCGUCUGCAAUCUCGCGACAUGAGAAUUCAGUUGCUCAACAUGGACGCGCAAGGACUACCUAUCUAUCUCAAAGAGGCAGGGCAGGGUAAGGUCUUAUUCGAUCGGAUUGAGCUGGCCAACAUCUGCGAUCGUGGUUACAUAGGUCCAGAGAAUACCCUCUUGACUUUCUCCCCGUUACUUAAGCCCAAGAAUCAAAAUCCAAAGGCUACUAUGCUAAUGCUGUUCCUAAACGCCGUCCAGGAAGGGGAGCGACUUAGUGGGGGUCCCAGUUCUGUCGAUUUCCCCAGCAUCCUGGGAAAGUUGAAGAAGUAUAUACGGAUCGAUGAAUUCAAACUCUUGCCUAUUUUUGGACCUGGGAGUGGAAAUCCGGAACUUGUUCGCAUCACAUCAUGCUUCAGCAUGUUUGCUGACUUCGACAAAUACUUCAGGAGGUUUUUGAGGGAUGUUCGAAUGGACCAGCUAGCGAAGAAGUUCGGAAUGAGGAUCAAGAACCAGCAUUCUAUCAUCGAACCUUGGCCGUUUCGUGUCACAAACAACACCACAAAGCAUGAAUUUGAGAUCCUUUGUGCUGCGAAUACCAUUGGCCACGAACGUUAUGUAGAGUGGGAGAAGCUGGGCUAA